UUUCCUCAGAAGGCCUAGUUGUUCAGUCAUUGCAAAACAUUUAGUCAGCAGCACUUUAAAGAUGGAAUCUGCAUUAGGGGAACAGCGCCAUUGUCCGCCCCAGCAGCUUUCAUCUAGUUUUUGUUCUGUGGAUUUAUCAGAGGUGUGGUGCAUCGAGCAGUGUGAUUUUAAAAAAUGCAGUGUAUAUUCUGCUGUUCUAUCUUCAGGCAAUGAUGGCCAAGGGGGGAAAAACUGUGUUCGUUGUUUGCAGUAACUGCUUUGUUGUUGUAGCAUCCCAAACGGAUGUGGCAGUUUCACCAUGAAGGAUUCCAGCUUUAAGAUCAGGGGCCUCAUUUAACAACCGUGCGUAAAUGUUGUACUAAAUUCUGGCGUACAUGGCGAUUCUAUGAUUUGCGUGCGCAACAAAUUAUUGGGAUUUAUCAAACUGUCGCACGCAUCAUAUACUGUAUGAAUGUUUUCAAUGAAUAAUCCGACCAUAAUAUAUUUGUGGGCUCGUGAACGAGCGCUACAACCCCGCCUGGAAAACGCCCUCCAUUCACCAUUUUAAGGUCCCCCAUACAGGUGUCUGGCACGGUGGCAGCCCCUCUGCUCUCCUGAACAUGAACCACUAUGCCAAUAAGAAGAGUGCAGCAGAGAGCAUGCUGGACGUAGCCCUGCUCAUGGCCAACGCUUCCCAGCUGAAGGCUGUCCUGGAGCAGGGGCCAGACUUCUCCUUGUACACUCCCCUCAUCACUCUCAUCAGCAUCUCCCUCAGCCUGCAGGUCACUGUGGGGGUCCUCCUCAUCUUCAUCGUGCGGUGGAACCUGAAUGACCAGAGUAAACACUUCAGGCUGAAUGUAAUGGAGAACCUGGCCACAGGCCUCGUCUUCGUCAUCGUAGUAGUCAACGUCUUCAUCACUGCCUUUGGAGUACAGAAACCCAAUCAGAAAGCCUGACCAGGACACAGAAAUGCAUCACCACCCCCUUAGGUACACACACACACACACACACACACUCUCUCUCUUCUCCCCUCUCUCAAACUCAAACAGGAAUUGUUUGCACUUUCCCCCAAUAGUUUGUCCAUGACUCAGCAGCUGUCCUGUUCUCCGUAUCUCCUGACCUUCCUAAACGCCCAUGCUCCCCCAACCUGACCCAUAAAUACGCACUGUUCCAGGACUCGACAGAAACUUCCACUAGAAAACACCCCCCAACAAAACUCAACUACUGUCUUUUUACCAGUCCAGAACCCUUUUGUCCCGAUGAGAGAGAGGUUUGCUUUCAUAAACAACACUGUGUGUUUGUGUAGGAGACCAACAGGAAAACAGAGACAACAGCCAGGGAUCAUGUGACCUCCGUGUCUGCCUCCUGCCCUGUACUGUAGUUAUCUCCAGCAAGCAAGCACACACACUGCCUAUCUCUCGCUCACUCUCACACACAAAUACUCCAAGCCACAGCAUUGAGGAAGGCUGAGCACCGAAUGUAAAUUUUUUAUCACAUUUAUGAGGUGAAAGGAGGACGUCAUGGGUCUUGCUCAGACAGCCUGGGCCACUGUGCCUGACGGGUCUGAAGAGCACAUGUAUGGAAAAAGAGUCUGUGCCUCACUCUCAAAACAUAGAGAACACAUUCAGCUUGUGUCGUAGUCUCGUAGUAUGCUGCAUUUACUGCAUUUAAAUAGAACAAAUCGUUGCAGCAUUGAGCAGCAGUUGAUGUGAGUCUUGAUCAAUAAAAGAGCUAACAUUGCACUACAUCAAGGAUCUGCGAUAUCCCGGCUAGAUGUGCCACUGAUAAUCUCGUCUCAGACCAAGACACAUAGAAGAGCUGUGAGAAGAGUGCAUGGUUAUUUUGGCUGUGUGGUGACUCACUAUCAUCAGAUGCAGAUAGAGAAAGAACUGCUCAUUAAAGCUGAGGCCGUGA